UGAUCAAGAGAAGUCUUUGGUGGCUUCUGGACACAGCCCUGAUUUUUGAACCUUCAGGAAAUGCAUUUACCACGGAGAAGGCGGCUACAACGGAACCGAAUCUUUUUCUUGCUUGCCAUAGUGUUGGUCCUCUCUCUCUAUCAGCUCCAGUUCAGCCCCUCUGCCCUUCCAGCACCACAAAGAGCACCCCAGCCCACGGACCCCAUCAAAGUGACCUCCAGGGACCUCUCCAGGAACAAGACUGCUGUAACAGGCAAUGUCACGGCAGCCCCCAAAAUAAGGCACUGUAUAUAUGUGGAUCCUGAGCCAACUGUGCCCAUCACUACAUCAGUGGAUACACCACCACACCGAGAAAAUGUCAGCGAAAGCUACCCAGAUGAAAAACCACCAUACGAGUCCAAAGGAGAAUACCCCGAGGACCUAUUCAGUGUGGAAGAACGCAGGCAAGGGUGGGUUGUACUUCACAUCUUUGGCAUGAUGUAUGUAUUUGUGGCCUUGGCCAUAGUGUGUGAUGAGUAUUUUGUCCCUGCUUUGGGAGUGAUCACAGAGAAGUUGCAGAUCUCUGAAGAUGUGGCUGGAGCCACCUUCAUGGCAGCAGGUGGAUCAGCACCAGAACUCUUCACCUCCCUCAUAGGUGUCUUCAUCUCACACAGCAAUGUGGGCAUCGGUACCAUUGUGGGCUCAGCAGUGUUUAAUAUCCUCUUUGUCAUUGGCACCUGUGCCCUCUUCUCAAGGGAGAUACUCCACUUGACAUGGUGGCCCUUAUUUAGAGACAUCUCAUUCUACAUUCUAGACUUACUGAUGCUCAUCCUGUUUUUCCUAGACAGUGUCAUUGAUUGGUGGGAAAGCCUCCUUUUACUGACUGCCUAUGCCAUAUAUGUAUUCACUAUGAAACAGAACGUGUACCUAGAACAAUGGGUGAAGCAGGAGCUGAACAAGAAGCUAAAUGCUGUGCAGGCAGCAUCAGCAGAGCAUAUACGGAAGAAAAGCAGUGGGGCAGUUGCAGAUGAUGGAACAAAGCAGCCAGGAGAUGGGAGGAAGCUGCAGCCUGCAUCAGCCUUACAGCGAGGCAGCAGCUCAGCCUCCCUACACAACUCUCAAAUGCGCAGCACCAUCUUCCAACUCAUGAUCCACACCCUGGACCCCCUGGCAGGAGCAAAAUUUAAAGACAGGGUUAACAUCCUGAGCAACAUAGCCAAGGCCAAAGUAGAGACUCAAGGAUCAAAACCAGAAGCAGAAGAGGAAAAGAAGGCACCAAGCACCGUUCAGGUAACUCCCGCCAGCGAUUCUGAACCCAGCAAAGACAAACGGAAGGCAGACGCACCGCAAGAUGGACAGCCCUCUUCAGACAGCGAUACCUCUUCAGACAGCAGCUCUGAGAGUGAGGAAGGCAGCGAUGAUGACAGCACAGAUGAUGAUGAAAACGAUGAGCCCUUAUCUCUUGAAUGGCCAGAAACUAGGAAAAAACAAGCGAUUUACCUUUUCCUUUUUCCCAUUGUCUUCCCUCUCUGGAGCACUCUGCCUGAUGUUAGAAACCCGGACUCCAAAAAAUUCUUUGUCAUCACGUUUUUUGGAUCCAUCAUCUGGAUUGCUGUAUUCUCUUACCUGAUGGUGUGGUGGGCUCACCAGGUUGGUGAAACAAUUGGGAUAUCAGAGGAAAUUAUGGGGUUAACCAUCCUGGCAGCAGGAACAUCAAUCCCUGACCUUAUCACCAGUGUCAUCGUUGCACGGAAAGGCCUAGGUGACAUGGCUGUCUCCAGUUCCGUAGGCAGCAAUAUCUUUGAUAUCACUGUUGGUUUGCCAGUUCCUUGGUUCCUUUAUUCUGUCUUCAAUGGGCUCAGUCCAGUUGCAGUCAGCAGCAAUGGUUUGUUUUGUGCAAUUGUUCUCCUUUUUCUCAUGCUCCUAUUUGUGAUUCUCUCGAUCGCUGUCUGUAAAUGGAAAAUGAACAAACUACUGGGGCUCACUAUGUUUGCUCUUUACUUUGUGUUUUUGAUCAUCAGCGUGAUGUUAGAAGACAAGAUAAUAUCCUGCCCAGUAUCUGUAUGACAUUUGGACACUUCAGGAUGUAUGUAAGCAUACAUCAAAAUCAAAAGGGGUUUCAGGUAGCAAUUGUUCUACUGAAAAAAGCAACCAGAAUUAUAACAGACUUACUGAGAAAAAAAAAUAUCUUUAACAUACUAAAAACAAAUAAGUAAGUCUCAAGUGGUAUGUGAGGCUCUACCAUUUUUCUUUAGAAUCAGAAAAG